AACCGACCCUACUUUUUGGAGGCAUCCAUUUGUAAGGCUUCGAAGACUCCACAUAUACUUGCGUUUUAUCUUCCACCCUCUCUCUCUCUCUCUCUCUCUCUCCCCUCUUCGCUAGCCUUUCGUUUUCUCUCUCUUGUUUUAUUUUCAUUUUUCAAGCCCCGGAGCUUCAGCGUUUUUUAGUCAAGCAUGCAGAGAAGGAGAUAACACUUCUCACUCAAAACUAGGGUUUCUCCCAACCCCCAAGCAGUCAGUUUCAGUCCUUUGGACGAUUCUGCAGACCAGGGAACUAAAAAAAAAAUAGCAGACUUUUAGAGAGAGCGAGAGAGGGAUCGAGAACGAAGAGCUAAGCAGUAAAUAAUAGAGAGUGUGCUUGCCUUCUUUCUCUUUCUUUCUCUCCAGUCUAAAAAUCUUGUGGAGAGGGAGUUGGAGACAUUUGGCCUUUAAUCAGCUCUUGUCUCCUCUAUCCUCUCCCAUUUUUAUUUUUCCUUUUCUUGAAUUCCUAUGUACUUCGUAUGCUUAAAAAGGUUAUUUUGAGAGUGACCCAGCUCUUUUUUAUUUUCCAAGCCCUAUUGUUUUGUGAUUUCUGGUUUGGUGUACUGAGAGCGUGAUUUUAAGAAAAAGAAGCUACUGAUCACUCGAUAAGAUUUGUAGGGCUGCUUGUAAAUUUUGUGUAGAGAGAGACAGAGAGAGAGAAGAAAAAGAAAGCAAAUCUAUAAAGAGAGGAGAUCAGGGAGAGAGAUAAGCUCUUAUAUAUAGCAGAUAAAAGAGAGAAAAAGGACUUCUUUGAUGAGUUUUGGGGGUUUCCUUGAGAAUACUACUGGCGGUGGCGGUGCGAGAAUCGUGGCCGAUAUCCCUUACAGCAACGGCAACCUCAUCCACAACAUGCCCGCCGCUGCACUCGCGCAGUCUCGCCUUGUCACUCCGCCUCUCACGAAAUCCAUGUUCAACUCCAGUCCUGGACUCUCUCUCGGUCUUCAACAACCAAAUAUGGACGGGCAGACGGAUGUAGCUAGAAUGGCUGAGAAUUUUGAGGUUAAUACUGGGAGAAGGAGCAGAGACGAAGAGCAUGAGAGUAGAUCUGGCAGCGACAACAUGGACGGCGCUUCUGGGGACGAUCAGGACGCAGCCGACAAUCCUCCGAGAAAGAAGCGUUACCACCGACACACGCCACAGCAAAUCCAAGAACUCGAAGCUCUAUUCAAGGAGUGCCCUCAUCCUGAUGAGAAACAAAGAUUGGAGCUUAGCAGAAGGCUUUGCUUGGAAACCAGACAGGUGAAGUUCUGGUUCCAGAAUCGCCGUACCCAAAUGAAGACCCAAUUGGAACGCCAUGAGAACUCACUGCUCAGACAAGAAAACGAUAAGCUUAGGGCAGAAAAUAUGUCUAUCAGAGAUGCAAUGAGGAACCCGAUUUGUUCAAAUUGUGGUGGUCCAUCAAUAAUGGGUGAAAUUUCACUUGAAGAGCAGCAUCUUAGGAUUGAGAAUUCCCGGUUAAAGGAUGAGUUAGACCGAGUCUGUGCGCUCGCAGGCAAAUUUUUGGGCCGCCCCAUUUCGUCUUUGGCUAACUCAAUCGGUCCCCCUCUACCAAGCUCAAGCUUGGAACUUGGAGUAGGGAGCAAUGGUUAUGGUGUUUUGAGCACUGUGGCCACAACAUUGCCACUGGGACCCGAUUUCGGUAUUGGCAUUUCCAGUGCUUUGCCAGUGAUGCCUCCUGCCAGAACCACCGCUGGCUUUGAUAGAUCGAUCGAGAGGUCUAUGUUUCUUGAGCUUGCUCUGGCAGCCAUGGAUGAAUUGGUUAAAAUGGCACAGACCGAUGAACCCCUUUGGGUCAGAAGCCUGGAAGGUGGGAGAGAAAUGUUGAAUCAUGAGGAGUAUGUGAGAACAUUCACUCAUUGCAUUGGAUUGAAACCUAAUGGUUUCGUCACCGAGGCUACUAGGGAGACUGGUAUGGUGAUUAUCAACAGCUUGGCCCUUGUUGAGACGUUGAUAGACUCGAAUCGAUGGGCAGAAAUGUUUCCUUAUCUGAUUGCCAGAUCCUCUACAACUGAUGUGAUAUCUAGUGGUAUGGGGGGAACCAGAAAUGGCUCACUUCAACUGAUGCAUGCUGAGCUGCAAGUCCUUUCGCCUCUGGUUCCGGUUCGUGAGGUCAAUUUCUUGAGAUUCUGUAAGCAGCAUGCGGAGGGUGUAUGGGCUGUGGUUGAUGUAUCGAUUGACAGCAUCCGAGAAACUUCGGCUGCACCAACAUUUGUGAACUGCAGGAGGCUUCCUUCCGGUUGUGUUGUCCAAGAUAUGCCCAAUGGGUACUCUAAGGUUACAUGGGUUGAGCAUGCUGAGUACGAUGAGAGCGAUGUUCACCAGGUUUACCGACCGUUAUUAAGCUCCGGCAUGGGCUUCGGUGCACAGCGCUGGAUAGCCAACCUUCAACGCCAAUGCGAAUGCCUAGCCAUCCUCAUGUCCUCCGCCGUCCCUACCAGAGACCACGACGCAAUAACUGCGGGUGGGCGACGAAGCAUGUUGAAACUGGCGCAACGAAUGACCGACAACUUCUGCGCCGGAGUGUGCGCGUCGACGGUGCACAAAUGGAACAAGCUACACGCCGAUAAUGUAGACGAAGACGUCAGGGUCAUGACCCGGAAGAGCGUGGACGAUCCGGGGGAACCACCGGGCGUCGUACUGAGCGCUGCGACGUCGGUUUGGCUUCCGGUUUCGCCGCAGAGACUAUUCGACUUUCUACGCAAUGAACGGCUCAGAAGUGAAUGGGACAUAUUAUCAAACGGUGGACCCAUGCAGGAGAUGGCCCAUAUUGCCAAGGGCCAAGAUCACGGCAACUGCGUCUCUCUCCUCCGUGCCGCCGCCAUGAACGCGAACCAGAGCAGCAUGCUGAUAUUGCAGGAGACAUGCAUAGACGCGGCGGGAUCGCUUGUGGUGUACGCGCCGGUGGAUAUCCCGGCCAUGCACGUGGUGAUGAACGGCGGGGAUUCGGCAUACGUGGCGUUACUUCCCUCGGGAUUCGCCAUCGUCCCCGACGGUCCGGGCUCGCGUGGGUCAGGGGAAACAGCCAGCAACGGCGAUGGCCCUCUCAGAGUGAGUGGAUCACUUCUAACGGUUGCGUUUCAGAUACUGGUGAAUAGUCUCCCCACUGCCAAGCUCACGGUAGAAUCGGUGGAGACCGUCAACAACCUCAUCUCCUGCACCGUCCAGAAGAUCAAAGCAGCUCUUCAGUGUGAAAGCUGAAAGGCGAAGGACAGCUGAUGGGGGGGGGGUUUGUAUUGUUAACAUGGAAAUUUGUAUGUGAGUGAGUCAGACUCGGUCGGUGUUCAUGUGGAGGUGGUUGGGAGGUGGGUGUUGAGUCAAGAACGAACCGCGCGUGUGGAAACUCCUUGCAUGGUGAUAAGGACGGAGACUGAGAGCAAGCGAGCUCAGCAGUCUUUAAACACAAAGCAAGGGUGGUGGUUCGGGUAUUGACUCGGUUUAGCCCAUCUCCCCCCGGUUAAUUGCCUCCAUUUUCUGUUAACUUUUCUGAAAAAAUAAAGAACAAUUAUUUAAGAAAAUGGUAUUUCUGAA